AUGGCUGCUAGAACACAGAAAAUCCGUUAUAUUUGGGACUUUUCUGUAAAAGAGUUCAAGAAAGUUGGAUGAGUAUCACUAGAAGACAGCAACACAUGUCACAGCAUACACUGCAAGUUUGGGGCCGGCCUGACAAGGGAAGAACAGAAGAUCAGGCAGGCGGUGUAUGGACCUAAUGCCAUUGAAGUUGAAAUUCGUCCUAUUUGGAAGUUACUUUUUAAAGAGAUUUUAAACCCCUUCUAUGUCUUCCAAGCCUUCACCCUCACGCUGUGGCUGAGCCAAGGUUACAUUGAAUAUUCAGUGGCCAUCAUAAUUCUGACUAUCAUUUCCAUUGGCUUAACCGUGUAUGACCUCAGACAGCAGUCUACCAAGCUGCAUCACCUCGUUGAGGAGCACAAUGAAGUCCAGAUUACAGUCUGUACGAAGAGUGAAGGUUGCAAAGAGAUGAAGUCUUGUUACUUAGUCCCUGGAGACAUGUUUCUUUUAGAUGGAAAAAAGCUUGCUCUCCCAUGUGAUGCUGUCCUGAUUGAUGGAAGCUGGAUUGUGAAUGAAGGGAUGCUCACAGGUGAAAGCAUUCCGGUUACUAAAACUCCCUUGCCUUUCACGGGGAGUCCAAUGCCCUGGAAAAUCCAUAGCAUGGAAGUCUACCAUAUAUUCAUUUACUAUAAGGGGGUUCUUAGUGAGCAUGUCAGCUGUGCUGGAAGCAUUAUUAUACACGUCCUCAUCUGCGGGACAGAAGUCAUACAAACGAAGCCAUCAGGCAAAGGGCCAUUGAAAGCCAUCGUGCUGCAAACCGGAUUCAAUACAGCUAAAUGUGACCUGGUGAGAUCCAUCCUCUACCCCAAACCAGUGAACUUCAAACUCUACAGAGAUGCCUUCAAGUUCAUUGUAGGCCUUAUUGGUGUGUUUGGACUUAUCUAUACUGUGUGUGUUCGUAAGCCAGCAGCAGAUGUGGUGGCUAUGGCCCUCCUCCUUCUCACUGUGGCUGUGCCUCCUGCUAUCCCCACCGCCUUGACAACAGGCACUGUUUAGACUCAAAGGAGGCUGAAGAAGAAGAAGAUUUUCUGCAUCAGCCCACAGAGGAUUAAUAUUUGCAGGCAGAUCAACCUUGUUUGCUUUGACAAAACGGGCACCCUGACAGAAGAUGGACUGGACCUGUAGGGUGUCAUCCCCUCUGAGGGAAGCUGGUUUCAGAAAGUCCGUAAGUUCCCAUCCAGCACUUCUCUGCUCUGGGGACCUCUGUAUGGAGCCAUGGCAAGCUGUCAUUCACUGGUUGUUUUGGAUAAGAAGAUUCAGGGAGAUCCACUGGACCUGAAAAUGUUUGAGGGCACACAAUGGGUAGUAGAGGACUCCAGCAUAACUCAGGACAGCUCUGGUGCUUUCAGCACCUGCAUUGUUAGACCAGGGCCAAAGGCCAGCAGUGCUCCCACAGAAGGAAUAGUGAUCCUACAUCGAUUCCCAUUUUCUUCAGCACUGCAGAGAAUGUCUGUUGUUUCACAGAAGACAGGAGAGGAACAGUAUGACCUGUACAUGAAAGGAGGACCAGAAACAGUGUCCAGCUUUUGCAGACAAGAUACUGUCCCAGCUAAUUUCUUAAAGGAGCUUAAGACAUACACAAGCCAAGGCUUCAGAGUCAUUGCCCUGGCCCAUAAAGUUCUAAACCCAGGAAAGAAUGUAGACGUGAGCAAUCUAGAGAGAGAGGACGUAGAGUCUGAGAUGGAGUUCCUGGGACUCCUGGUGAUGGAGAAUAGCCUGAAACAGGAGACAAAGCCUGUGUUACAGCAGCUGGCUGCCGCCCGCAUCAGGAGUGUCAUGGUCACAGGAGACAACUUGCAGACAGCUGUCAUGCUGGCCAAGACUGCGGGUAUGAUUCACACAGGCAGCAAAGUCAUCCUUGUUGAAGCAAGUGAACCGGAAGGCUCAACUCCUGCUUCCAUUGCCUGGCGAUUAGUAGAAGACUGUGAAGCAAACACAGCUGCUCCCCAUGAGGUACAUAAGAAUACUGAGGAAAAGAUCACCUUGGAAGAAGAAACCUGCAACUACCAUUUUGCAAUGAAUGGAAAGUCCUAUCAGGUUAUUAUAAAGCACUUCUACAGCUUGCUGCCGAAAAUACUGGUGAAUGCAACUGUCUUUGCUAGGAUGUCUCCUGGCCAGAAGUCCAGUCUUGUUGAAGAGUUUCAGAAACUUGAUUACUACGUGGGUAUGUGUGGUGAUGGCGCCAAUGACUGUGGGGCUCUGAAAAUGGCUCAUGCAGGGAUAUCACUGUCAGAGCAGGAGGCAUCAGUGGCCUCGCCUUUCACUUCCCAAAUCCCCAACAUCCAGUGUGUGCUGGAGUUGAUCAGGGAAGGUCGAGCAGCUUUGGUUGCUUCUUUCGCUGUAGUUAAAUGCCUGACCCUUUAUGGCAUGAUUCAGUUUGUUGGUACCGCUCUGCUGUUUUGGCAACUGCAAAUCUUUGGGAAUCGACAAUAUUUGAUACAAAAAGCCGUCAUUACCCUUCUGGUUUGUCUGACAAUGAGUUUGACUGAAGCCUAUCCAAAGCUGGCACCUUAUUGCCCUCCUGUCCAGCUCAUCUCUCCUCCUUUGUUGUUCUCCAUCAUCCUCAAUGUGUGCUUCACCAUAAUAAUGCAAACCUGUGGCUUCCUCCUGGUGAAGCAGCAGCCCUGGUAUGUAGCACUGGCCAGCCAGAGACACUGCUCUCCAGGGAACCAGACCAUGUCCGGCAGUAGUCCAGGUGGAAACAGUACCGGCAGCAGUUCCCAGAGCAAUGUACUCAGUUAUGAAGACACUACGUUGUGGCCACUAUCCUCUGUCAAUUGCAUCAUUGUGGCCUUUGUCUUUUCCAAGGGAAAGCCAUUCCCGAAGCCCAUCUACACCAACUAUGUAUUUUCAUUGCUCCUUUCAAAACCUAAUUGCUGUUCAUGUCUUUUCCAACAGUUUCUUUGCACUCCUCUCAUCUGGAGAGUUUACAUCUUACUAAUGCUUUUGGUCACCUUUUGUGUUUCUUUAUUUACAGAGGACAUUAUCUUGCAGAACAAGCACCUCUGGCUGCUGAUCAAAGCCUGGUUUGGGUAUCAAUCAAACAGCCAGUACCGAAAAUGGCAGAGGAUGCUGCAGAGGGAUCCCAACUGGCCUCCUGUAAACACAGAAGACUUUGCAGCAAAAAGCACAGAUGAGAUUUAUAUUAACCCCACCUAUGAACACAGUGACAAGGACUAG